CAGCUGUUUGAUUGUUUGGCAUUUACCUCGGGUAUCGCAAGCAGCACAGUUUGUUGCACAAAUCUUGGAAUACAUUGAAAAUAAAUUUUUUUGAAUUAAAUCCUUAAUCAAUUAUAAAAAUAUAGAAUAUAGUACGACAUUAAAAAAUUCGGUUGCGGUUUGGUGUUUGGUUUGGUGGGUGCUGGUGGCGUGUGCAUUUGGAGUGUUAGUAUUGUGUGUUUAUUUUGGGGCACAGUAUGGGGCAAACAAAAAGUCAAUUUACUGAUGAGGAGUUGCAGGACUACGAAGACCUAACAUUUUUCACCAAAAAGGAAAUAUUAUUGGCACAUAAAAAAUUCAAAAGUCUCGCACCAGAGAAAGUCAGCCAUAAUAAAAAUGCCAAAUUAUCCAUGAAUAAAAUACUGCAAUACCCAGAACUAAAUGUAAAUCCUUUUGGGGAUCGUAUUUGCAAAGUGUUCAGCUCGAGUGAUGAUGGCGACAUGACAUUCGAGGACUUCUUGGAUAUGAUGUCAAUUUUCAGUGAAGCUUGCCCCAAAAAUCUGAAGGCUGAGUAUGCUUUUCGUAUAAUGGAUUUUGAUGGUGAUGACAUGUUGGGUGUAACUGAUCUGAAACAAGUUAUGGAACGGCUUAUCGGCCCAGAACACAAAAUGAAUGACAAUGAGAUGAAAGAAUUCAUACAAUCAAUGUUAGCUGAAGCAGACUUAGACGAUGAUGGUUCUUUAUCAUUUCCGGAAUUUGAGAUUUGUAUUGACAAAUCAAAAGAUUUUGUUGAUUCAUUCCGCAUUAGACUUUAAGUUCUUAAAAGUUAGCGGCAACAAUUUUUUUUGUUGAAGUCACCUUUAAACGUAUCAAAUACACUAACGUUUGAAAUAUUAUAUACAAUUAUAUUAAAUAUAAGAUAUGUUAUAUGUAUGUUUAUUCUAUAAUUAUUCUUAAUUAUAAUAAAAAUAUCAAAUAAAUGUUUUAAAUAAUCUCAGAGGCUAAUAUUUCGCUCAUAUAUUUUAUGUAUAUAAUGUUUAUAUUUUUAAAAUAAUUUUAUAUAACUAUAUUCUAGAUAG